AUGAAGAAGCUGGUUGAUGAAAAUGCUCGAAAUUGGCAUAAGAAGGUGUAUGAAGCCUUAUGGGCAGACAUAAUUAUGCCUAAAAGAGCCAUUAGAAUGGCACCGUUUGAGCUUGUGUAUGGGAUCGGUGCAAAAAUUUCUUUACCCUUGGAAUUAUCGGCAGCCAAACUUCAAACAGUAAUCGAAGAUGCCUUUUUCCAGAAUGCUCUAGAGAAGAGGGUUAUGUCUUUGAUGAAGUUGGAGGAAGAAAGAGAGAUGUUAGUGGAUAGGAUUAUGGAGCAUCAGAAUAGAGUGAAGAUGAUCUUUGACAUGACAGCUCAGCCAAGAGGUUUCCUUAAAGGUGAUGAGGUACUGUUAUGGGAUAAAAGGAAGGAACCAAAGGGUGCCCACGGUAAAUUUGACUCAUUGUGGAAAGGCCCCUUCAAGAUCUAUGAAGUGGUGGGACAAAAUGCUUUUAGACUCAACUAUUUUGAUGGAACAGUUAUGCCCUACACCUACAAUGGGCAAGAUCUCAAGCUCUAG